GGGGGAGGCAGGGAGAAGGCUAUCUAUACAAUGUUAAACCCCAUCACCAACUCAGUCAGAAGAAGUGUUUGCACCUAAUCAGCAAGCUGUAAAAAUGCGGAUGGUGGUGCUCUUGAUCGUGGCAGGCCUGGUGGAUCUGAGCUUCCCCCAGCGUCUCAGUGCUGUCCAGUGGCUCAACUAUCUGCGAAACCGCCACCGACCGUUGAUGUGGGCUGAACGGCUGGACGAUGAAUGCCCCCUGGAAUGUGACUGUCCGGCCAGCUUCCCAGUAGCCAUGUAUUGCCACAGUCGCAACCUACAGCAUAUCCCAUAUGUCCCCUCCCGCAUCAAGUACGUCUACCUGCAGCGUAACCAGAUCACAGGCAUCCAGGACGGAGUGUUUGACAAUGCAACCAGCUUGAUUUGGAUCAUGCUGCACCAGAAUCAGCUCAGCUCUGACAGGUUGGGCAAAAAUGUCUUCAGCAAGCUCAAAAAUCUGGACCGCCUCUACUUGGAUAACAACGAGCUGACCCGCGUGCCCCCGAACCUCCCAAAGUCCAUCAAGGACUUGCGCCUGGGUCACAACAAGAUUGCCAAGAUCCAGUCCAGCGCGUUUGAGGGGAUGUAUGACCUUGCAACCCUCCAUCUCCAAGCCAACCACAUUGAAGAUGUAGGGGGAGCUUUCAAGGGACUGAAGUCUCUGAAUGUACUGGACCUGAGGAAAAACAAAUUGAAGAAAAUUCCGUAUAACCUCCCAGAGAUUUUGCAUCAGCUCUACUUAGAGUUUAACCACAUUGAAAGCAUCCCCGCAGACUUCCUAACUAUGUAUCCCAAUCUGCAGUUUGUCAGGCUGGCUCAUAACAAACUAACCAAUGAAGGGAUACCUCCUAACACGUUCAAUGUGAGCGGUCUAGUGGAGCUGGACCUUUCCCACAACAAACUUAAGAAAAUCCCAACUGUUAGCAAGAGCCUGGAGAACCUCUACCUGCAGGCCAACCAGAUUAAUGAGUUCUCCCUGAGCAGUUUCUGUGAUGUGGUGGACAUGAUGAAUUACUCCCAGCUCAAAGUGCUGCGCAUGGAAGGGAACAAGAUCAGUGCCAAAGAUGUUCCUGCCAAGGCUGUGUACUGCCUGCGCCUUGCUGUGUCCAUCCAUCUGUAGCAUUACCUAUCCUCUACCAGUAGUGGAUGCAAUCCAAUUCCAGAAGUAUCUAGCUCUCUUAGCCACACCACCCUCAUGUACUCAACGCAUUGUAUUGGCCAAUACUGCUAUUUUCAGUACCAUAUGCUUCUAUUUAAAAUGUAUAUUUUCAUGCAUGAGGUUAAAUAGAUUUCCCAUUUAAAUGUUUGUGUCAUGGUAUAAAAGGACAAAUUGCAAAAUGUUGUAGCCAUUCUGUAUUACAUACUCACUUGCCCUGUUUCUUAUAUUAAUAUUUUUUUUCAACCACUAAUGCAGUCAGAUGCAUGAACUGUAAAAUUCACUAAUGAUAAGCGCUAGAGAUUUCAGCCAACAAUCGGGACCGGACGAUUAUAGGCAAACAUUUAAUUUCCCAACGGUUUUCUUGGUAUAUCGAUCUGUCAAGUUACAACACUAUUCUUAAGGUUAAGAGGCUCCUGGUGCUAUUGUAUCCAUGUGCGACUUGAGAAACACAAAGCACACUGUCCUCGUAGUCUGAGCCAGCUGGUGAAUCCUGCACCCUCUAUGCACACCCGCUGAGCAAGCAACUUCAGAGCGUGGUCCCCAGUAGGGGAGAGGGAGAGAGUGGGCAGCAACAAUAUGGAGAGGUUUCCGGGUUGUGGCCAGGGCAAUCUAGCAGGGCCAGGGAGCCUAGGGCAGUGUGGAGCUGUGGACGGGAAUUAUAACUUAAACAGACACUGUCUCAUAGUGAUCUCACUUAACCAAUAAACAAGUUUAAUAGCCUACUAACGUAUUCCUCUGGCUGGGAUUACGGACCUGUGAUUACUUUAUUCUUUCAAUUGAUUAAUAAAACCUGACUAUUCCUCUCCAUAGUGA